CCUUUGACGCUGAGAGAAACUCACGUGUAGCGUUUCGUCAGUUUGUACACCGAGUACAGUGAUACUGUGAUUGAAAAUUCCAACGAAACCCAAAUCAGACCAUCAUGUCGUGGUUAUUUGGUGUUAACAAGGAACCAUCGUGGUCCAAUAUUGCCCAGUUACCGAUGGAUCCUUCGCAGAGUGGAGCUGCUGCCGGGGGAGCGGGCGGUGGAGGCGGCGACAAGGGUACCGGCGACUCUGGUGGCAAGAAACAAGUAUGGCAAGGGUUUGACCCCACCGGUCUAGAACGUGCAGCUACUGCAGCAAGAGAUCUUGAUAAAUCACCCAAUGCAAAAGAAGCACUAGCGCUUGCUAUGAAACAGGAAGAAUCCAAACAAUUGGAAGAGAAGAAACAAAUUCGAGAAUUUGAAGCGCAUGUGGAACAAAUGAAAGUAGAACAGAUACGUACUCAGGGUGAUGAGAAAAGAAAAACAUUGAGUCAAGAAACAAGACAACACCAAGACAGAGCGCAGUAUCAGGAUCAGUUGGCACGGAAACGAUACGAGGAUCAGCUGAUUCAACAGCAACGUAUGAAUGAAGAGAAUUUGAGACGCCAGGAAGAGUCUGUUGAGAAACAAGAAUCAAUGAGACGAAGCACAAUUGAAUACGAAGCACAACUCAGACAUGACAAUGAAAUGAAGAAGUUGGAAGCCGAACUUCGAGGCAAAGCCAGCAUCGAAAGAGAAAAUCGGGACAUACGAGCAGAUCAAUUACGAUUACAAGCAAAAGAAUACAGAGAAACUGUAUUGCAAUCAAUUACAGCUGCCGGAACUGUCAUUGGGGAGGGAUUCAAAGCAUUCAUCAGUGACUGGGACAAAGUAUCCGCUACAGCAGCAGGGCUAACACUACUAGCAGUAGGUGUCUAUUCAGCCAAGAUGGCUACUGGAGUAGGCGCUAGGUAUAUCGAAGCAAGGCUUGGUAAACCAUCGCUGGUUAGAGAAACAUCCAGACUUAAUCUACUUGAAGGUUUGAGGCAUCCAAUCAAGACAACUAAAAGGUUGUUUGUGAAACCGGAAGACGCAUUAAAAGGAAUCAUUCUACAGCCAUCUUUAGAAGAGCGACUACGAGAAGUUGCUAUAGCAACCAGGAACACAAAGAGAAACAAAGGUUUAUAUAGAAAUUUAUUAUUCCACGGACCACCUGGUACUGGAAAAACACUUUUUGCUAAGGUAAAUUUAACAUUU